AUGGCAAAAGAACCGACGCUCUCUUUGCUAAUUACCCUCUCUGCUGCACUCUUCUUCUUCUUCUUCCUCCCAGCGCAGGCAGCACUUUCUUCUAACUUCCUUCGAAAUGUCCCCCGCUUUCUCGGCAAAUUCUCGCGCUCCCACUAUGCCGGAGCUCCCCCUUAUCGGUACGAAACUCGUUACUUCGACCAGGAGCUCGAUCACUUCGGAUUCUCGGACCUCCCAAAGUUCCGUCAACGCUACCUCAUCAACACCGAACAUUGGGCCGGGCCCUCUGCGAUGGGCCCGAUAUUUCUCUACUGCGGCAACGAAGGUGAUAUUGAAUGGUUCGCCGCCAACACCGGCUUCCUGUGGGAGCUCGCUCCCCGUUUCCAUGCCAUGGUCAUCUUCCCUGAGCAUAGGUAUUAUGGAGAGUCGAUGCCUUACGGAAGUAGGGAGGAAGCAUACAAAAAUGCAAGUACACUAGCACACUUAACAGCUGAGCAGGCUCUUGCUGAUUUUGCUGUAUUAAUCACUGAGUUGAAAAUAAAUUUGUCCGCCCAGGCCUGUCCUGUGGUCCUGUUUGGUGGAUCAUAUGGGGGAAUGUUGGCGGCUUGGAUGCGGCUGAAAUAUCCCCACAUUGCCAUUGGAGCGCUUGCUUCUUCAGCACCUGUUCUACAGUUUGAGGAUAUUGUGCCUCCUGAGACAUUCUACAAUAUUGUUUCUGACGAUUUUAGACGUGAGGGGAGUCUGAACUGCUUUACUACCAUAAAGGACUCUUGGGAUGUAAUGGAAUCCGAGGGUCGGAAAAAUGAUGGACUUGCAUAUCUAACUGAAACCUUUGGUUUUUGCAAGAAACUCCAGAGUGUUGAUGAUCUCUUUAACUGGUUGUCUUCAGCUUAUAGUUAUUUGGCAAUGGGGGAUUACCCUUACCCUGCUGACUUUCUAAUGCCAAUGCCUGGAAACCCAAUAAAGGAGGUUUGUAAGAAGAUUGACAACAGUCCUUAUGGGACAAGCAUCUUACAGCGCAUAUUCCAAGGAGUUAGUAUUUAUUACAAUUACACUGGAACAGUUGAAUGCUUUGAUCUGGAUGAUGAUCCUCAUGGCAUGAGCGGGUGGAAUUGGCAGGCAUGCACUGAGAUGGUCAUGCCGAUGUCCAGCAGUAAAGAACAUAGCAUGUUUCCGGCAUAUGAUUAUAAUUAUACUUCCGAUGAAAAGUGGUGUUUGGAAAAUUAUAAUGUCAAGCCCAGGCCUACAUGGAUAAGUACGGAAUUUGGCGGACAUGGAUUUAAGGAUGCCCUGCAAACCUUCGGAAGUAAUAUCAUAUUCUCAAAUGGGUUAUUGGACCCAUGGAGUGGCGGCAGUGUGUUGGAGGAUAUAUCGGAAACUAUCGUGUCUCUUGUGACAGAAAAAGGUGCCCAUCAUUUAGAUCUACGCUCGUCAACGCCAGACGACCCUGAUUGGCUGGUUGAGCAGAGAGCCACUGAAAUCAAGUUGAUCCAAGGCUGGAGUAGCAGCUAUCGCGCCGUGAAGAGAGUUCUCGUCGUGGUGGAAAGCUGCAGCCAUGAAGGUGGGGUCUUGUGCAGUGGCGCGGUGGUCGUCUUACGGCUUGGAGGAGAGGAGCUGGAGUACGUGGCGCGGCACGGGGAUUUGAGAGCUGUCGUGAAGGAGCGAUGCUUUGUUACUGCUUCUACCCGACGACGGCGAACGGAGAGGACGCCGGCGAGAGAGCUUCAGAUUGCUGGUAUCAAUGGAGAGGUCGCCGAGAUUGAUGCGCACAGAAGGUCGUUCAAUUCGAAAUUGCUCUGCUAUGGCUGGGUUUUUAAGACUGAGCGAGAGGGAGAGAUUUUUGCAGCAAAAUCGCAACUCGUGCGAACGACUGCACAAAGAUCGCAACAAUUUCUGUCGUUGAGGGCCUGGUCUUCGCGAAGAAGAGGGAGCAGAGGCUCGGUCAAUUGCGAGGAAUAA